GCAUCCAUAAUUAGGGUGUUGUUUUUGUUAUAUUUGGAUUCUCCGUAUUCUGAGCGUUUUAUAGCUGGUUGGUAUCUAAUAGGGGGUGUGGAAGAUUUUUGUUUUCAGAUUGAGAUACCGUUGGCCCCAUUCUAUACGUGGUUACCAAUUGUUCAUGCCGAAGCUAGGACAUUAGUGUCUGUAUGUUUGAGUGGUUAUAUUAUGAAGUUAGGAGUGAUAGUUGGAUGGAAAGCGCUGAUUGGCAUUUUUGAGUUUAGCCCACAUGGCGGUUAUACUAUUGUGUUUUCUGUGUUACUCUGGGCUUGGACACCCAACCAUGGCAUUGUUUGGUUAGUAGGUUUUAUUAUUAAAAAUUUUGUUUUGGUGGGUGUGUUUUUAAUAUAUUUAUUUCUGAGAAGGUUGGUUCCUAUAAUAUUGUUUGGUUUUGGCUUUAUACGACGUGUUGGCGUUGAUAAUUUUAAAAAUUUUAUGUUUCCAAGUAUAGUUUCCAUGUUAGGCUUGGUUGUUUUUCCUCUAAUUAUUUCAUUGGUGUAG